UAUCUAGAGAGAGAGAGAUGAAGUUCAAUAACGAUCAAGGGAGGUUGAACUGUGGAGCAACCAUUCCCGUCAUGGGCUUGGGCACUUACUCCUCUCAAAAUGACUGGGAGGAAACCAAGCACGCAGUUCAUAUGGCUCUCCAGAUGGGUUACAGGCAUUUUGACACAGCCAAAAUUUAUGGGUCGGAGCCAGCAGUGGGAGAGGCUUUAAGAGAAGCGAUUAAUGCUGCUGAUGAGAGGAUUAGGAUUGAGAGAGAAGACAUCUUCCUCACUUCCAAACUUUGGGGGAGUGAUCACACUGAUCCUGUCUCUGCACUCCACACAACUUUAAAGAAUUUGGGGAUGGAAUAUGUGGACUUGUACCUGGUGCACUGGCCAGUGAGCUUGAAGCCAUGGGCGAAUUAUGCAGUGCCGAAGGAAGAAGACUUUGAAAGAGUGGACAUGGAAGCUACUUGGGCUGGCAUGGAGAGGUGCUUGGACUUGGGAUUGUGCAGGUGCAUUGGCGUUAGCAAUUUCUCCCCCAAGAAGCUCCACCACCUCUUGGAUUUUGCUUCUGUCCCUCCCUCUGUCAAUCAAGUAGAAAUGCAUCCGAUGUUUAGGCAAAGAAAGGUGAGAGAGUUCUGUAGGGAGAACAAGAUCCACGUCAGUGCAUAUUCACCUCUUGGUGGGCCCGGGAAUGCAUGGGGAUCGACGGCUGUGGUCAGUCACCCCAUCAUCCAAUCCAUUGCCCUCAAACACAAAGCCACCCCUCCUCAGGUUGCAUUAAGGUGGGGAUUAUUAAAGGGGGCAAGUAUGAUAGUGAAGAGCUUCAACGAAGGGAGGCUGAAGGAGAACAUGGGAGCCCUUGAUCUAAGAUUGGACGAUCAGGAUUUACGUGACAUUGAGAAGAUGGAGGAGAGAAAGAUCAUGAGAGGCGAGGUCUACGUUAACAAAACCACAAGCCCCUACAAGACCCUUCAAGAUCUAUGGGAUGAUGAUCACAUUUGAUAUAUCAACCGCUUUUUAUAUAAAAAUUGUUAUUCAUAAACGUAUUUUUAUUUUAA